GUGGAAGGAAGCCCAGAGCCCUCGUUAGGCAGCUUGGCACUUUUUGCCGCUGGGAACUCUGAGAUCGCCCUGUGAUGAAGCCUGGGCUAGCCUGCUGGAGGACGUGAGACCGCGUGGAGCUGGGACAAGCUGGUGCGGCUGAGGGCCCUUGCACCUGCUAGCCCGCAAACCGGCCAAAUGUGAAGGAGAACUUCAGGUCACCCACCAGCUGCCCACGGGGAUGUAUCGUCUGGCCCCGCACAGCCGAGCUACCGGGAACUAGCUAAAAUGGUGAUGCCAGUGGACAUGGAGAUGGGAAUCAAUGCACACAGUUGGCCUACACUGCUCGGGGGAGUCUGGCAAGCUCCAGGACACCAUGGCCUCAAGUGACUGGCAUAACAGACAUCUGCUCUGAGGGCACCUCUCGUCUUUGCUACCAGAGAACCGCUGGAAGCAUCUUUUAAGACUUUUGCGUGGCUGAAGCUGAGAGCAGACCGUUCAAAUAAAUACCGGGAGGUGUCACUUCAGCGAGAUUGGAUACUGUGUAUCUAGGAGAUGCAAGAACUGAAAACCAAUGAAAUGUGAUGUGCUCCAAAUCCAAUCCUCGGCAUUUGUAGAAGACCCACUGUGUGUAUGACGUUGUCCAUGGAACCAAGGAUGUAGACAUGAACACAGUAAGAUCACUGCCUCAAAACUCAGAAAUUAAAGAAAUGGGAAAGCAUGAACGCAGUCCCCCACUACCACAAAUUAUGCAGUCGAGUUUCCCACAUUUGGGGAAAUCGCAGGGGUCAGCACAUCCGGAGUGCAAUGGAUAAGCCUCACCCUGGGAAAACCACCUUCGUGAUCAUGGUAUCUCCCCUGCCAGAUCCCCACGCCCCAGCUGUGGCCAAGAGGGGUUCUCCCUUCUCUCCUGAUCCCUGGAACCUCAGCUACCUGGUCCUGUCCUGCCAGCAGGAAACAGGGGCCAGCUGGGGGCACCAGUGAUGAGCAAGGAAAACGAUAGGUUCAAGUUAAGGCAUCUUGAGGCAGAGGAGUCUGAGCAGCCAUAAGUGGAGGCUGGAGACGCUGUGAGCAGCCUGCAUUACAACAGAGGUAAGAGUAGACUGGCUGGGUAAGGCUGAGAGCAGAGAUGGAAAUGAGUGAGGACCGAGUUUAAUUACACUGGGGGAGGUGGAAGGAGAGGCCUGAGCCACUGCCUUUAUCAAAUUAUUUGUGGUCCGUUCAGGAUUAGACAAGCCUGGUUUUCCUGUAUGAAGAGAUAGCGGGCAUUCUGCUUCUCUCUUCUUCCAUUCUCUUGCUGGCCAUUUUGGCUUCCUGACGGCAACUCUGCCAGAGGGGGAGCAGAAGAAAUGAAGAAAGAUGAAAGUCAAGUUGGUAAAUUUUACCAUUUGUUAACAGCUCAGAGAGGAGGCACAGUGGUGGGGAUGUUGUGCGGUCGUUUAAAAAUACUUUUAAAAAGGCUAUUAUAUAGAGGAAUCACAUAAUUGAUUUGUGUACUGUUCCCCAAAUGCUACUGAGACCAAAAGAUUGGCAGCAUUUAUUUUUUUAUUGCUUAGCAUUUAAACUUUAGAUUUAGCAAACAGUAGAUACCAAAGUGUCUUUGAUAUAUCCGGUAGAUGGAGGGAAAAGAGUUUAUUCUUAUGUAAAAUUUGAUCAUUUGCCUCUGUCAAUAUAUUUUAUGUAAUGUCCAGAUUCUUCCAUCCAAUAUAUUUUUUAGGCUUUCUUGCUCUGUGUAACUAGAGCAGGCAUAUAAGGAAGUGUAAGAGGAUGCCCCUAAAACUGGGAAAUAAAUACUCCUCUCAAAAUGGAAAUAUUUUAUAAUUAAUAAAUAUAAGAUCAACUUUCAUCAGAUGCAACCCAUCUAACUAAUAAAUGAUGAAGAUUGGAUUCUUAGACUAGUUAACAAUAAGGAAGCAGUGACCUAAUAAUCAUGUAACUGAACAUGAAUCAAUGUCCUGUGCUCUCUUGCUCGCUCGCUUGCUCUCUCAACAGGAAAACCUUGAAGCCAGGCCUGGUUAGCAGGUCUCUAUAUGAUAGGAAUCUCACUGUCAGGAGCCAUAGGAGCCAGUCAGGUGAACCUGUUCUCUGAGUCAGCUAAGUAGAUAUUUGGAUUUUUUGGGCAACACCUGAGCACCCACUAUAUGCCAGGUGCUGUACCAAGGCUUUGGAUUCGAUUCCGCGUAUACCAUUUUAUAGAAGAUGGAACCAGAAGUCCGGAAAUUCCCCAAGGUGUGGGGGACGUGACACAAGCAGGCGAGAGCACUUCAGGAACCUGGUCCUUCCAACCCCAAGUUGUGGGAAACAGGAUCAGAGACCUUUAAACUGUCAAGAUCCUGGCACGAAGGGAGGGCUCCAUAAAUGGCAGCCAUCAUUCUUGGACAAGUGCCGGCACAUCCUCCGGGCGCGCCUCCCGCGGGGUCCCUCGGGACCGGCCGGGCCCGCCCCCGAGGCUCCGGUCUCGCAGUGCUCGCGGCAGGUGGCCCAGCAUCUCCGUGCCCACGCCCCGAAGCGAGCGGGGAGCGCGGGCGGGUUGGAUGACCAAGGUCUCCCCUGGAGGAUCGCCUCCCUCCCUCCGCACGCCCGGCGCAGGUGAGGUUUCCGGCCCAGGCCACGGGGACAGCGACCCCGGAGAGAGGUCGUGGCGGACCGCGCGGCCCACGGCCGGGAGAGGGGUCCUGCGGGCACCCCCUCCCUAGCCCAGUUUCACCCCAGGACCAACCCCGGCUCCGGGGCCCGCGGGCUGCGCGCUCUGCGGCUGCGAAAACCCGGAGAGGCGGAUCGGAGCGCGCUCGCAGCCAACUCCUCCGCGGUCCGGCCGCCGAGCUGGGCAUGCUCAGUGCGGCCGCCGCGCCGCCGUCCGCCAACUCGGAAGCUCGCGCUCCCGGGCCGUGGGGGCGAGAACGCCGGCGGCGGCGAGCCGGCGUCGCCCGCCGCCCCCAGACAGUGGCAAACUUCGCGGCGUCCCCGGAGCUCGCCAGGACGAGACUGAUAUCUCACAAAUAAAAACCAGUCCAGUACCCCCAUCCCAGCCCGAAUCAUGGAGGCUGUGGCCGCCGGAGUGCCGCCGCCGCCGCCGGCCCCUGCCCACUAGCCGGGGACCAACAGCCCCUAGAGGGGCAGCAAAGGGUUAAAUCGGCCCCGCGCCACCGUGAGCACGGCCCCCUCCAGCCGCCGCGACCGCCAGCAGCGCGCCUCGGCGUCUGCCCGGAGCCGCCGAGGGGACCAGAGCCUCGGAUGCGCCACCGGAGCCUGGCAGGCGUCUAGGAGGCACCGGCCGCUUACCCCAGUCCGCAUCCCUGCCUCCCCCAACCCUCCAGGCCUCUCUCCCCCCGCCCCGGCCGGGUCCGCGCCCAGGUGGUGGGGUCUGCGGGGCGCGUAGCGGCGCGGGAAGGAUCCCUGCUGUGGAAGAGGGGCGGGGGCGGGCUUCUCCGCAGUCUCUUCCCGGGGCUGGAGGGCCACCCUCACGUUGGGCGAGCACUCGAGCCACCCGCCUGGGCGCCAAGAAAAGUUUUUUUUUUUUUUUUUCCCCCGUGCCCUUCCCCCACCUCCCACCCCUUGUCCGGCUGGGGUGGGUUUGGGUCCAUUGGUGAAAAAAGUCACACGUUCCCAUCAGCUGCUCCUCCCCCUGGGGACAGGGUGGGGGGGGGGCGGCGGGAGGCAGGCGCCGCGGGAGACCCGGGCGGACCUCCAGCCGCUUCGCCGCCGCCACCGGAGCAGUGCGUCCCGGGGCUGAAGCGCAGCCGGGUGCCCGCCGAAGACUGCCCCCAUCAGUGCGUGUCUGCGUGCCGGGCAGCGGCAGCAUCCAACCUGCUUUAUUCCUGCCUGCAGCGCCACAGCGAGCGAGCGAGGAGGGGGAGAGAGGGAGUCUGUCUGCAAAGUGCUGCUCCCUGGUGCUCAGAGGCGGCUGCUCCAGCUCCAACUCUCAUUCAUUUCGCCGGUUAACAUGAGAGAUCAUGGCCGCCUUCGGGCUUCUCAGCUAUGAGCAGAGACCGCUGAAACGCCCCCGGCUCGGGCCGCCCGACGUCUACCCGCAGGACCCCAAGCAGAAGGAGGAUGAACUUACUGCUGUGAAUGUGAAACAAGGCUUCAACAAUCAGCCAGCCUUUACUGGAGAUGAACAUGGCUCAGCCAGAAAUAUUGUAAUUAACCCAUCAAAGAUUGCAGCUUAUUUCAGCAGCAUAUUAGCUGAGAAACUAAAGCUUAACACUUUCCAGGACACCGGAAAGAAGAAACCACAAGUUAAUGCUAAAGAUAAUUACUGGCUGGUUACUGCUCGAUCCCAGAGUGCAAUUCAUAGUUGGUUCUCUGACUUAGCAGGAAAUAAACCACUUGCUAUUUUGGCAAAAAAGGAGCUGCCUCUGGCCAAGUCAGGUGUUCCUCAGGUUCCAAUCCUUAGUAAAAAAGAAGAUGUUUUUGCAUAUUUAGCUAAAUAUUCAGUGCCAAUGGUUCGAGCCACGUGGCUGAUCAAGAUGACGUGUGCCUAUUAUUCUGCUAUUUCUGAAGCUAAAAUUAAGAAACGUCAGGCUACUGAUCCUAAUUUGGAGUGGACACAAAUAUCUACCAGAUAUCUUCGAGAGCAGCUGGCCAAGAUUUCUGACUUUUACCACAUGGCUUCCAGCACAAGUGAUGGUCCUGUCCCAGUGCCACCAGAUGUGGAGCAAGCCAUGAAGCAAUGGGAAUACAACGAAAAGUUGGCAUUUCACAUGUUCCAGGAAGGAAUGCUAGAAAAACAUGAAUAUUUGACAUGGAUCUUGGAUGUGUUAGAGAAGAUCAGACCGAUGGAUGAUGACCUUCUUAAACUCUUGUUACCACUCAUGCUGCAGUAUUCGGACGAGUUUGUUCAGUCGGCUUACCUGUCUCGUCGUCUUGCCUACUUUUGUGCCCGGCGUCUUGCCUUGCUGCUGAGCGAUAGCCCCAGCCUCCUUGCUGCCCACUCGCCCCACAUGAUGAUAGGACCAAACAACUCAAGCAUCGGGGCCCCCAGCCCUGGCCCCCCUGGCCCCGUCAUGAGUCCCGUGCAGCUGGCCUUCUCAGACUUCCUCUCCUGUGCACAGCAUGGCCCCCUGGUUUAUGGACUUAGUUGUAUGUUGCAGACUGUCACUCUCUGUUGCCCAAGUGCCUUGGUGUGGAAUUAUUCCACAAACGACAAUAAGAGCGCCAACCCAGGCUCGCCCCUGGAUCUGCUGCAGGUGGCCCCCUCCAGUCUCCCCAUGCCGGGUGGGAACACAGCUUUCAAUCAGCAGGUUCGGGCAAGGAUUUAUGAGGUAGAACAGCAGAUAAAACAAAGAGGCCGUGCAGUGGAAGUUCGGUGGUCUUUUGACAAGUGCCAAGAGUCAACAGCAGGGGUGACCAUUAGUCGGGUUUUGCACACGUUGGAAGUGUUGGAUCGACAUUGUUUUGACCGAACUGAUUCCAGCAAUUCAAUGGAGACGCUUUAUCAUAAGAUUUUCUGGGCAAACCAAAACAAAGAUAACCAAGAGGUCGCCCCUAACGAUGAAGCUGUGGUGACCUUGCUGUGUGAAUGGGCGGUGAGCUGCAAACGGUCAGGCAAGCACAGGGCCAUGGCUGUGGCAAAACUCUUGGAGAAGAGGCAGGCGGAAAUCGAAGCAGAGAGAUGCGGUGAAUCAGAGGUCUUGGAUGAGAAGGAGUCCAUUUCUUCAGCCUCUCUUGCUGGAUCUAGUUUGCCUGUUUUCCAGAAUGUGCUACUAAGGUUUUUAGAUACACAGGCCCCCUCAUUAUCGGAUCCAAACAGUGAAUGUGAAAAAGUAGAAUUUGUGAAUUUGGUGCUGCUCUUCUGUGAGUUCAUCCGACACGAUGUCUUCUCCCAUGAUGCGUACAUGUGUACCCUCAUAUCUCGGGGAGACUUGUCAGUCAGCGCCUCGACUCGGCCGCGAUCGCCAGCAGGAGAAAAUGUAGAUGAGCACUAUCCAAAGGACCAUGACAUGAAAAUGGAGAUUUUUUCUCCCAUGCCUGGAGAAUCCUGUGAGAAUGCCAACCCUUCCUUGGGCAGAAGAAUGUCGGUUAAUGGUGAGAAGUUGCUUAAGAGAGAAAAACCCAGGGAGUUGAUUUUUCCAUCUAAUUAUGACCUUCUGCGGCACCUGCAGUAUGCAACACAUUUCCCCAUACCUCUGGAUGAAUCUUCAAGUCAUGAAUGUAACCAGCGCACAAUCCUGCUUUAUGGAGUGGGCAAAGAGCGUGACGAAGCGAAGCAUCAGCUGAAGAAGAUUACCAAAGAUAUUUUGAAAAUCCUAAAUAAGAAGAGCACCACAGAGACAGGGGUUGGAGAUGAAGGACAAAAAACCAGGAAGAACAAACAGGAAGCAUUUCCAACUCUGGAGACUGUGUUCACAAAACUUCAGCUCCUUUCAUAUUUUGAUCAGCAUCAAGUGACAUCUCAGAUCUCCAAUAAUGUGCUGGAACAAAUCACAAGCUUCGCUUCAGGAACAUCCUAUCAUCUCCCUUUGGCUCACCAUAUUCAACUCAUCUUUGAUCUUAUGGAGCCAGCGCUGAACAUCAAUGGACUAAUUGACUUCGCAAUACAGCUGCUAAAUGAACUGAGUGUUGUGGAAGCCGAACUGCUCCUGAAAUCCUCCAGCCUGGCAGGAAGUUACACAACGGGACUGUGUGUGUGCAUUGUGGCUGUUCUCAGGCGGUACCAUAGUUGUCUGAUCCUGAAUCCUGAUCAGACAGCCCAGGUGUUUGAAGGGUUGUGUGGUGUGGUAAAGCAUGUUGUGAACCCCUCAGAAUGUUCUUCCCCCGAGAGAUGCAUCUUAGCCUACCUCUACGAUCUCUAUGUGUCAUGUAGCCACCUCAGAAGUAAAUUUGGAGACCUCUUCAGUAGUGCCUGUUCAAAAGUUAAGCAAACCAUAUAUAAUAAUGUGAUGCCUGCAAAUUCUAACUUGAGAUGGGAUCCGGACUUCAUGAUGGAUUUUAUUGAGAAUCCUUCAGCUCGUAGCAUCAAUUACUCAAUGCUGGGCAAGAUCCUUAGUGACAAUGCAGCCAAUCGCUACAGCUUCGUCUGUAACACGCUCAUGAAUGUAUGUAUGGGCCAUCAGGAUGCUGGAAGGAUUAACGACAUAGCCAAUUUCUCCUCUGAGCUGACAGCUUGCUGCACUGUUCUUAGUUCAGAAUGGCUGGGAGUUCUGAAGGCUCUUUGUUGUUCUUCAAAUCAUGUGUGGGGGUUUAAUGAUGUACUUUGCACUGUAGAUGUGAGUGACCUUUCAUUCCAUGAUUCAUUAGCUACUUUCAUUGCUAUUCUGAUAGCACGACAGUGUUUCUCCCUGGAGGACGUCGUGCAGCACGUCGCACUUCCCUCUCUCCUAGCAGCAGCUUGUGGAGAUGCAGAUGCUGAGCCGGGGGCGAGAAUGACAUGCCGACUCCUGCUUCAUCUAUUCCGAGCUCCCCAGGCCUGCUUGUUACCUCAAGCAACCGGUGAGCCGACAGCUAUAAAAUCCCCAACUGCAUGUUCAUUUGGAGGCAAACCUUUCCCUGGAAUAAGAUCAUCUUGUGAUAGACACCUCUUAGCCGCCGCUCACAAUAGCAUUGAAGUGGGAGCCGUGUUUGCUGUCUUAAAAGCAAUUAUGAUGCUUGGAGAUGCCAAAAUUGGCAAUAACAAUGUCAGCUCUUUAAAGAAUGAUGACUUCACCAUGAGAGGUUUACGGCGUGAUGGGAAUGCUGAUGAUAUCUGGACUGCUUCACAAAAUUCAAAAUCCUGUGGGAAAAGCAUUUCCAUAGAAACUGCCAAUUUAAGAGAAUAUGCUAGAUAUGUACUGAGGACUAUCUGUCAACAGGAAUGGGUAGGAGAACAUUGCCUAAAAGAACCUGAAAGAUUGUGCACAGACAAAGAGCUUAUAUUGGACCCUGUGCUUUCAAAUAUGCAAGCACAGAAAUUAUUGCAGCUUAUUUGUUAUCCUCAUGGUAUUAAAGAAUGUACGGAGGGCGACAAUCUGCAGAGACAGCACAUUAAGCGCAUUCUUCAGAAUCUUGAGCAGUGGACGCUGAGGCAGUCCUGGCUAGAACUUCAGUUAAUGAUCAAACAGUGCUUGAAGGACCCUGGCUCUGGUUCAGUGGCUGAGAUGAACAACUUACUGGACAAUAUUGCAAAGGCAACAAUAGAGGUAUUCCAGCAGUCUGCCGACUUGAACAAUAAUUCUUCUAAUUCUGGAAUGGGCCUCUUCAACCCAAAUGGGAUUGCAACUACUGAUGCUGGUAGCACAAGGCAGAAUGGAAUAAAGACAUUUCUAAGUUCCUCUGAACGCAGGGGUGUAUGGCUGGUGGCCCCCCUAAUUGCCAGGCUGCCGACCUCUGUGCAAGGAAGAGUAUUGAAAGCUGCAGGAGAGGAACUGGAGAAGGGACAGCACUUGGGCUCUUCUUCAAAAAAGGAAAGAGACAGACAAAAACAGAAAAGUAUGUCUCUUUUGAGUCAACAACCUUUCCUCUCACUGGUCCUUACCUGCCUUAAGGGACAAGAUGAACAACGGGAAGGCCUCCUAACAUCUCUUCAGAAUCAGGUUAAUCAGAUUUUAAGUAAUUGGAGAGAAGAACGAUACCAGGAUGACAUAAAAGCACGGCAGAUGAUGCAUGAAGCAUUGCAACUUCGCCUAAAUUUGGUAGGAGGAAUGUUUGACACGGUGCAGAGGAGCACCCAGUGGACAACAGACUGGGCCCUCCUCCUGCUUCAGAUCAUAACUUCUGGAACUGUUGACAUGCACACUAACAAUGAAUUAUUCACAACAGUUCUUGACAUGCUGGGUGUGUUAAUCAAUGGAACAUUAGCCUCAGACCUAUCAAAUGCAUCCCCAGGGGGAUCUGAAGAGAACAAACGUGCAUACAUGAAUUUGGUAAAGAAACUGAAGAAAGAGCUAGGAGACAAGAGAUCAGAAAGUAUUGACAAAGUUCGACAGUUGCUACCUUUGCCAAAACAGACAUGUGAUGUCAUUACUUGUGAACCUAUGGGUUCCUUGAUUGACACAAAGGGAAACAAAAUUGCUGGAUUCGACUCCAUAGAUAAAAAACAGGGUCUUCAGGUGUCUACAAAGCAGAAGGUGUCCCCAUGGGAUUUGUUUGAGGGUCAGAAGAACCCAGCUCCUCUGUCUUGGGCCUGGUUCGGGACUGUCCGAGUGGACCGAAAGGUGAUCAAGUACGAGGAGCAGCAUCACCUGCUGUUGUAUCACACACACCCCAUGCCCAAGCCCCGAAGUUACUACCUCGAACCGCUACCCCUGCCUCCCGAGGAGGAAGAGGAGGAGCCCACAUCUCCCAUCUCUCAGGAACCAGAGCGGAAAUCAGCUGAACUGUCAGAUCAGGGAAAAACCGCAACAGAUGAAGAGAAGAAAACAAAAGGAAGGAAGCGCAAGACGAAAUCAAGCUCAAGAGUUGACGAGUAUCCACAGAGCAACAUAUACCGAGUGCCUCCUAACUACUCACCCAUUUCCUCCCAGAUGAUGCACCAUCCGCAGUCCACCUUAUGGGGCUAUAACCUCAUGGGUCAGCCCCAGCAGCCGGGUUUUUUCCUUCAGAACCAAUCUCUUACUCCAGGUGGUUCUAGAUUGGACCCCACGGGCUCCUUCGUCCCAACGAAUACCAAACAAGCUCUGUCCAACAUGCUGCAGCGGCGCUCGGGGGCCAUGAUGCAGCCGCCGCCCCUCCACGCCAUCACAUCGCAGCAGCAGCUGAUACAGAUGAAGCUUCUGCAGCAGCAGCAGCAGCAGCGGCUUCUCCGGCAAGCCCAGGCUCGACCUUUCCAGCAGGGCCCGCCAGGGGACCAGGCUGCUCUCUUUGCUGCACAAGCACGGCCCUCCCCUCAGCUCCCCCAGUAUCCAGGGCUGCAGCAAGCACAGACCAUGCCCCAGGGCUAUACGAUGUAUGGAACGCAGAUGGCUUUGCAGCAGACCCCUCAGCAGCAGGCUGGUGGCGUGGUCCUGUCUCCUAGCUAUAACUCCAGGACCUAUCCGGCCACACAUUCCAACCCGGCGCUAAUGGAAAGACUCAGACAGAUGCAGCAGCAGCCCAGUGGCUAUGUUCAGCAGCAGGCGUCACCGUACUUGCAGCCCUUGACCAGCUCUCAGAGACUAAAUCAUCAGUCGCUUCAGCAGAGCCCUCUGGUAGGUGGAGGAAUCGAUGCAGUGCUCACUCCCACGCAUCCAAGCCUCCCCUCGGUGCCCCUGCCUCAGGACCCAAUGAGAACCAGACAGCCGCAGGUUCGACAGCAGCAGAGACUCCUCCAGAUGCAGCAGCCCCCCCAGCCCCAGCAGCCCCCACAGCCCCAGAGUCAGACCCUUGGUCUCCAAGCGAUGCAGCCCCAGCAGCCUUUGUUUCCCAGGCAAGGCUUGCAGCAGACCCAGCAGCAGCAACAGACGGCCGCCCUGGUGCGGCAGCUCCAGAAGCAGCUUUCUAGUAACCAGCCACAGCAAGGAGUGACUCCCUAUGGGCAUCCAUCACAUUUCUGAAUCUGGAAGAGGACAAGACCUAAAGUUUUAUGUUUGCACUGAAAAAUAGAAAAUCAAAUUUAAUGCAUCAGUCAUCUUUAGAAAUGUCCCUAUGUUCUUUUCUUUCUUUGAAGUUUUUCUAUAUUUUGUGCUACAUUUCAUAUAGAGGCAUUUAAACAAAGAGAAAAGGAGGAGGUGUGGUUUGGGGUUUUUUUUUGUUAGUUUCAACUUUAAAGUAGGUAUAAAAAUGUGGAUCCUGCAGGCCUAUUCAAGGAAGAGCUUGGUAGCAGAUCUUUUGAAAUUGGUGCUUUUUUUUUUUUUUUGAAUCUCCUAGAAUGAAUUAUGGUGGAUUUAAAAUAUUCAUGUAUUCAUUAAUGAUGAAGGGUUUUUUUGUAGUUUGUUUUGUUUUUUUUCCCAAACUGCUGGACCAAACUACUGAUUUGAAAGGCAUGUCCAAUCUUGACAGGAGAGUAAUCCAUUUAUUCUACUUUCACCUGUGAUGGUGAAAUGGACAUCUAUUUGCAUUGCUCUAAUUUGAAAUGUUUGUAAUUUCAUAAGCACUUUAUAAACUUCGUUCUUAUUUAUGUAGGAUUUUCUUUGCUUUUGUUGUGGUCAAAAGGUGCUGAAACAGAUUGUUGCUUAGUACUUAAAUUUCUUAGAUCAAGAACUUAAACCCAGGCUUCUGUGAGAGCCACCUUAAGAUCUGUGGAAGCCUGUUAGAAGUAGCUGUACUCGAGUUUGUUUUCAGUUACAAGAUCAUUGACCAGAGUCUUUGUGAAGGUACAACAUGUAAAAUUCUAAAGGCCCGAACAAGCCACAGUGGAAUUGUUCCCAUUAUUUAUUGCCAGAUUUGGCAAAAAGGACACUUGGUUCUCCUGAACCUUAUGCCAACUUGAGAACAAACAGUCUUGCCGCUGGCCUGAGAUUCCACAGCGCUCAAACUUGAUGUGGUUUCCAGAGAAUCUGGCCCCCAAGUCCAGAAGGCUCUGGUUUUCAUAAAGGUGUAUUUGCUGUUUAUUUUGUAUGGUAAGUAUUUGCUAUUUUGAAUUUAACUAUUAAUGUUGGUGUCAGUCUUGGUUGUGUAUUGCAUAUACUGUAUUUAUAAAUUGGUGCAAAAAGCACAAGUAAAUUAUACAUCAAAUUUAUUAUAAAGAAAUAGUAACUAUUUUAACUUUGUUCAAGUAUGUGGUAAUUUGCUCCUAUUAGAGUAAAAAAUACAGUAAAUUAUUAUCAGUUUGUGUAACUUAAGAGUAUUCCAUAUAAUAUUUUUUUAGAUUUAGAUGCAUAAAAUUUUGAAUGUGAAAAUUGCAGGGCAUUUUAAAACAUGUGGGGGAUAUUUUCCCAUGUUUUGUGUUAAUUCAUUUUCUUUUGCCAUAUGAUUUUACAUGUAAUGUAGUUGAGCAUACUGUGAAUAGACUUGUCUAUAAUGAGCAAACCACGUAGAACUACUUUUUUAAAACGUAGCUAGGACAACUUUAGAGCGUUUCUUUUGCAGAUCAUUAUAUAAAUAAUUUAUAUCUUCCUAGGUGAGUUACUCAUUGCAAAGUUUGACUCAUGCAAACGACCUCAAAUACAUGUCCGCUUACUUUGCUGUGGCAGCACCCAUGUGAACUGCUUUGUACACUGUGAAAUAAUUCACUCCAGCCUGCUCAUUUCAUGUUUACUCUGGGCUGGAAAAGACUUUGCCAAAACAUUAAAGACCAUUCUUUUCACUAAAUUAACAUAUUCUAUCUGCUUUCGGAAGACAGAUCUUUACAUUUCAACUGGUUUUGUAUAUCAGGUUUUGGGGGUUUUGUGCUUUUUUUUUUCCUCUUGAGAAUCAUACUUAGAUUUCAUGAAGUUAUUUUUCUUCAAAGUAAUAUAUCCAUAUAAUAAUUGCCUUGGCAAAACAACCGAAAUGUGAAUGUUGUGCCUAGUGAGUGAGUCAUGUUCCGUCCUGAUUUUCUUUUCAAGAAUUAUUGGUAUUUGAAAUGCCAAUUUUCAGUUUGAACCAUAUAUUUUUAUAGUUCAGUAUCGCAAACAGCAGUAAUAUUGUUUCAAGAAUGAGUGUUAUAAUUGCAUAGCAUUUGUAUGCACUUUAUGGUUUGCAUAAGUUAGUGAAAUUAAUUUAUUAAUAAUCAUUUUGCACAUGAAAGCUGUGGGGUAUACCUUUUUUCUUGUUGCGUCCUUUUCUUUUCAGGUGACAAAGCUAAGUUAUGGUGUAAUUCAGAUUCUAUAGAAGGUUGAGGAAAAACCUGGUUUACCCCUGUGCAUUAUAAAGAGAGCAACUGGAAUUUUUAAUCUAGUCUUAGCAUAUUUCCUUCCACUUAAUCCUAUAUCCUAAGGGGUUUCUUUUUUUUUUUUAGCAAAUGCAUUAAUUUGCAUUAAAAU